CCACGAGCGGGCGAUUGAGUGCAGGUGACCCUGAUUUGCGUGCAUCGUUUGUUUGCAAACUUCACUUUUCGUCGAGACGGUCAUUGAGCAUUGUUUUUUUUUCAGGAUUAUCACCUGUCAUGCUUGUUUACACGUAUUGUAGUGUAUUACAAUAUCUGUUUUUAUACAGAAAAAGCCUGUUUGCUUCAAGCAAGUGGCAAGCAACGCAUCAUGAAUCGCUAAAUACAAAUCGUAAGUUGGUCGUACCAAGUGAUAAAGAAAAGAGGCAAGAACCCCAUGCAUAAAUCUCCCCACCCUAUGUUUAAAAUACACUCUGAAGUCCAGCCUGUAAUUCAUGAGAUCCUCACUGGACCUCAAGAUCGCCUAGCCCAAGACACACAGUGCAGCAGGUCGCUGGACGCGUGUGGAUGCUUCUUUUCGAAUGCUGGAUAAUAGCGACGAUGCCGAAGACGGCGAUGGCAGGGCGGGCAUCAUGUGUCGAAGUACUAGGGGUGAGAUUGACAGGGCGAUCUUCGACAUGGUAAAAGUUGUAUCAUGCAGAUGCUGGAGGGCUGCCGCGAACAUGAGAACUGCGCCGACGGCCAGUAGGAGACUGGACACUGCAUCUUGAGGUGAUACAGCGGCUGUCCUGAGUUUGCCCAAAGUCAUGGUCACGUUCGUGGGUGACGAGAUCGGUGUCGUCUUCGUCGUCUUCACGACAGACUUCUCGACAGACGAGGAUCGCUUCCUCGCCGCCGCGGAGCCGUCGGUCUCUGUCCUGUUCACGACAGGCUUCAUGGCAGACGAAACUUGAGACCUCGUCGCCACAGAGCCUUCGAUCUUAUCCAGGCCACUUGAGCCGACCACGGCACUCUGGGAUGGAACAAGUACAUGUGGCGGUGGACAGGGCGCGGGUCGUCGAUCUGGCGACUGAGGCAUGCCAACCAGGCUAGGUUUGGCCGAGGCCGUCGAGGCUGCUGUAGUUGAGACGCGCUGCUGCACGCCUCUGGCUACUGCCUCGAUUUGCUGGGUGGAGUCCUCGCGACGGCGGUGACGCUCUGUUCCAGCGACGCCCAGAGAAUAAACGACCUGUGCAUCAUCCGCGACCGGAGCACGAAUCGAAAUGUCGGGCCGAUCUUGAGGAUCGGUGUCGACAUUGUGUGUAUUUCUUGACGAAAGCGGCGCGGAUUGCGUCCAAGAUUGUCCGCCGAUGCGAGUCUGGGUAGCAGCUUCUGUCAAUGCUGCGACGUUGGAGGUUCUCGAAAUCUGUUUCAUCGUCGAGGUGUUCAGCACCCGUUGCUCGGGUGCUGUUGACUUGACUUCAACAGUCGGCGUGUUCGUGUUUGAUGCUGCCGGGCGAAUAUUUAGGCUCGAGCCGCUGAUAAUGGAGCCGCUACUAAUGGACCAUGACUGCUGGUCGUGGGGCUGCUAAAUGACAUGUUAGUUUAGGGAGACCUCUGAGGAGAUCGGAUAUCCUUACAGUAGUUUGUUGUUGCUCGAGUUGUUGCUGGAGUUGCAGCACAGCCGAGGUCCUGGCAACGCGUUGGCGUUGCGUUGACAGGGGCGACCGCGAUUGUUCCUUGCCGGUACCCGCCAGGUGAGCGCCAUCCGUCGAGGCAAAGGCAACGCGUUGAAGCUGCGCUGACUGUUGUGCCGACGAUGUGUGGUCUUCGCCUGCAGUAGCAUUCGUCGAAAGAGCACCACCAGCCAAGGCCCCGGCAACGCGUUGAAGCUGCGUUGACAGGGGCGACUGUGAUUGGUCUGCCGGUGCGAUGGUAUUCGAGGGGCGAGUGCCGUCUGUCGAUGUCCAGGCAACGUGUUGAGGCUUCGUUGAGUGGACCGGCUGCGACUGUUUUUCGCCUGCGACGGUAACCCCGGUGUGAACGCCGCCCCGAGAGGCGCCCCCUUGCUGAGGUUUGAUCCUAUCGAGAGGGAGUCCGAGUCCUUGUGGUAUGGCUCUGGCCCCGCCGACAAGUUCUCCCCCGCUAUAACCUGAACCGCCAUGAUCUGUACCCCCAAGACCUGAGCCGCCGUGAUCUGUUCCUCCGUGGCGGACCCCUCCAUCAGCAAGGUCUACGCGAAUGCUGUCGGCAGUACUAUCUACUAGGUUGUGCCCGGUUUCUGGGCCUACGGCAAGGAAGUUGACAAAAGGAAGAACAUUCUGGGGGAGAACAGGAGACAGUGGUGACCGUUCCCUACCAACAACCCCGCAUGCAGACCUUAUCCUCUCAGAGAGGCCAGAGCCACGUUGACGAGGACUAUCUGACCGCUGCGAAUCUUCUUCGAUGGGCGAGGGGUGCGCCGAGCGCAUCUCCCGUGGCUCCUCGCCGAGCGGGCUCGCGGCCGGCGAGAAUAGCGUAAAGUCAACAUAGUUGUCGGCGUGUCCCUCUGACUGGAGGUACGGAAGCUGAGCUGCCUGGUCGCCGCCGGCGGUGACAGCAUUUGCUAUCAUAAGCGACUGUGCCGGCGAGAAGCUGGCGUAGUUACGAAGAACAGGCGACAUCGUGGUAGGGGUGGCCGGGGUGAACAAGGCCUGCUCGUCCAUGGUGAAGCUAAAGUCCAUGUUAGGAGUGGCCUCUGCUCCCAAGUUCAAGAAGUUUUCGAUGUCGGUGACGUCGAGACCGAAGUCGAAGUCUAACGAGUCCAUAAAUUCUCCGGCCGGUUGUGCAAUUUUCAAUGCAUUCGUGGCUUGUGCGGCAUCGAUGCUGGCCUGGGAUGAUGCUGGAGAUGGUGCGGCAACAGUCCUUGACUUCACUGCCGACUGAGCCUCAGCGACGGCCGGUUUUGAGGGGAGAUCCCGCUUGUGAGAAGGAUCGCAGCGAAUCUUCUUCUUCUUGCAGGUCGGGCAAGACUUGAGCAAGCGGAUCAAGUGUGCGUGCUCACGGUCCUCUUUUGUCUUUCCUCCCCGUGCCGAAUUGGUCACAUCUACACCGUCUUUGGUCAGAAUCUGCAUGCCCGGCAUACCGGUGAAGUCGUGCGCAAAGGCGCGAGAGGCAGCCGAGGCAGACUUCUUGGUAGUCUUUGCCUUGGGCUUCGACACCCGGCUCUUGCGCUGUGUGCUCAUUGUUGGCUGCAGAGCAGUGACUGGAGUCGCGGGAGCAGAGGAGACGGGAGUCAAGCUCUCCUGCGUCACAGGAGAGACGUUGAACGAAGAGCCGUAGCCGGAGUCGCCGAGGCUCGAGGCCGGAGAGCCGGUGACCGCAGCCACGUAGUUGAAGGGGUUGUUGACCGGGAAGAAGAGAUGUGUCUGGUUGGUCAUGGCGUUGUGGGUGAAGAACUCCAUGCUGACAAUGGCACGCUUCUCCUGGAUCGUGGCGGCCUGGAGGACAUAAGCGUCGAUGAGCUGGUCAAGCUCGGCGGUACCCAUGGCGGGAACAAACGACAGAACGGCGCCCGGCGCAGUCUGGAAGACGGUGAACCCCUGGAUUGGCAUCGCGGCAGAGUUCCAAGCCAUACUGUCGAAUUGAUGUUGAGUUGUUUGUUGAUUGAUACUGGUUGCUCGUGUUGUUGGCUAUGAGUUCAUAUCACAACUUCUCCCUUUUCUCUUCUUUUUUCUCAAUUGAUUUGACAAUUAAUUGCUCUUUGGAUUCCAGUAGCACAGCCAAUUCGAUUCGCCUCGCCACACAAUCGAUUGAUAUGACUUGCUUUGUUGCCAGCUCCGAGUCGACUCAAGAAGCAGACAACCUGGAUGCUGAGCUACCACACCGAUUCCACCAAUCUCUGGAGUGGUUUCAAGCUCAAUUGGGAACUGCUUGGCUUUGUUCCCACAGUAGCUUUGGGCUUAAUUGACAGGGAGGUGUCAAAAGCUCGUGCGUAUUCUUUACGAUAUACUGAGACUGCGAGUUGGUCUCAACACAAUGAUGAAUGAUGAUUAACAAUGAUGGUAAGAGGAGUAAGAAGCCUGAGAUUUCAGCAAUGCCCUCGAGUGGGAGCCUGGGGGAUUAUCUUUCCGCAGCAAUCAUCACGUCGACCAACCCUGAUGCAUGUCCCAAGUAAGCCCAGCCCCUAACAGGUCGAGCUAAGCUGCGCCUCGACCAACCCCAAAUGCCAAUGCAACAUCAGAUACAUCAGACCUCACACCAGUGAGUCACCGGCAUGUUUGCAAACGAGCAUUGGAGCAUCCAGGGUUGCGUGCGGGGGAUGUGGUGGAACUAGGGACAUGGUGGUGAUCCUGUCGAUGUACCAAGAGUAUAUUCCAUGUCUGUCCCCAUGCGUACCACGCCCAAAACAUCGAUAUUAACACCAACUUCUGCCGUCAGAACAAUUCUCUUUUGCAUUCUCAAGCCCUCCUAAUCCAAAAAGAAUGAAGUCCAACAAAGAAUCUCAUCGCUACUCGACCGGACACGAUAUGGUACACAACAGUACCAGCUUCAUCUUAGCUUUAUGUGGGGGGCUUCCUCUGCCCCACAAACCCAGUCAGCCUGGUGGCUUGGCUAUCCACAUGCAGCCUUAGCGUUGGAGUCCUCUUCCCACAUCAACAUUUCAUUUGCAAGUUCCUCACUCGCUCUCGCUUUCAUCAUCGGUACGGCGAUAGGGUAAUUAGUCGGUGGGACAAUGCCGGGACAGAGCCUCGCAUUGCAGAUAUGGCCUCUCCCCCCACCUGUUUAUUGCCUUUGUAGGCGACUAACCGGCUCCUCAAGCCCACUCCACUCUCGUGUCCGCCAUGGUACUGCGUAUGGCACUCGGAAAACAUCCGUGUUUUCCAGGAUAAGGUAUGCAGGCUUGGCAGGGCAAGUCAGGGGUGGUACUGUACCCGUUAGGGUUAGGGUCUAUUCCCCUUUUCGAUGUUCAGCAAGUAUCGGCUGGUGAGUGCCGUCGAUAUCAGCUCAUACACUAUUUCAUCUGACCUCAUUCCUUGGUAGCUAUUCAUUCGCUUCCCACAGGAUCAUAAAUCGCCUUGAACUAUAAGUCACAAUGACAACAAGACAGCCCAUGAGUCUCAUUGGAUCCGCAGCCACGAGAAUCACUCCGGCUAUAUUUUGUUGGAUCCAUGUGUGGAUUUUACACCCAUAACACCUUGUACCUACACAAGCUAUACCCUGCUUGACUCGAUUGCCUGGAUCACCUUCGGACUUCUUUUCUCCGCCCAAGACGUACAAUCAUCCGCAGAGACGGGAGGCCACAGGAUGGGUGAUCUGCUUCCUGCACCGAUUUAUCCCUUGCUCUACCUCAAGCAUAGGGCUUCCAUUAUCCAUCUAUAUAUAUCUCCUUGAAUCUUAUUUUUGGAAGAUCCCAACCUAAGUCCAACUCUCCAUGAAAAAUGGAGCAGAGGAAGCCAGAAGGUGUCAGAAGUGGAUGUAUUUCUUACAUCCAUGUCCGUGGCUUCCAGUGGGAUCAACUUGCAUCUGCAGUGCAAUGUCACCACGGCAUCCAGUUGCAGGAAGACUGGAAUUUUUCCAACACCAUACAAUCGGCAGGCAGGCGUCAUCGCAAGGGCAAAAGAAGACUGUAAAACCGCGCGCAGGCAUAAGGAUGUAUCAAAACUCAUCCUUCCCACAUUCGAUGACUGGAUGCACGCACAUGGUCCUCACUAUCCUGGGGGUGGUUGUCAACGAAUGGAUCAGCCUGAAUUCGAAGGCCACUACGAACAAGACUCACUUUACCAUCCGCUAUAUAUAUAUAUA